CCAGACAGCAUGAGGCUCACGCUCGCCUGGCUCAGUGUCUGCCUGGCGAUUUAUUGCGGCGGUGGAUUCGCCAACAACGGCCAAGGCAAUGUGGUCUUAUCUUUGCCACCAUCGCUUAUCUCUGCCACGGAGGCGGUGGCCUUGAGACAGCUGCAGCAACAGCAACAGCACGGCAACGGCAACGGCAACAGCAACGUCGAUGCACUGCGCGAUAUGCUGCACAGUAAGGAGUCUGCCACAGCGGCGGCUGGCAAAAACAAUUUGCCCUACAACGAUGACAUGGAAGUGGAGCAGCAACCGCAGUCCACGGAUUUUAAUCGAAAAGCAUUGAGCGAGGCUUAUGAUUUAGAGGCACGACAGCAAUCAGCGCCGCAGGAAAUUGCACAGAGACAUGGUCAUGGACAUGGAGCGGGAGCUGGAACUGGAACUGGAGUUGGACUCAAAUAUGCCACGCCCACGCCCACGUCCAAGUCCACUUCACACAAAUACUGGGGCAGACUUUGUCAGGCAAGCGGCAAUUGUCCGCGGGAAUACAAUCGAGCCAUGCUGGCGGUCAGAAAUAGAGAAGCUGUCGCCCGUUUGCAAAAGCAACUAUAUGAAAUGCAGGAGCCUUUGGGCUCGGAUUAUGAAGAUACCGCUGACGAUAGCACAGACAUGGACACGGACUCCAACGAAGAUCUUCCCUUGAAGAAUAGCAACAACGAGGUGUUCUUACUACUCACGGGAGAACAGGAUCUCGUCAAGUUCCUGCAUUGGGCCAUGCAGCUUCUAUAUCCCCAACAGCAUACAGAUGCUAAAUUGGAUGAAAAUGCCGCUGACUUUUAUCAUCCGGGCAUGUUCAUAUGGAAGAAACUCAACUUUUCAGGGCACUUGGAGCCACCUUUGAUUGUGGACGAACCGCGUUACGUUCUCGUGCGGCGCGAGAAACAGAAUUCGGAGGAUAGUUACCAACUGGGCGAUGAGCUGAAAUCACAGGACGAUCCAUUUAUACCCCCGAGAGGGCGUAAACACCACAAUGCCCCCGAUCUGGAUGCGUUGUUGAAUCGCUACGAGACUUUUGUGCCAAAUCGCGGCAAGCGCGACAAAGUCAAAGAUCUCUUCAAGUAUGACGAUCUAUUUUUCCCGAAUCGCGGCAAAAAGCAUCACGACAUGUUCAAACUGACCGAUCCGUUCUAUCCGCAUCGGGGUAAAAAACUGCAAUUGCGUGAUCUUUACAACGUUGACGAUCCAUUCUUUCCGAAUCGCGGCAAGCGACAGUUGACAGCGAGCAUGUGGGGAAAACUGCAGAGAAAACUAGAGUCGGACAAGACGACAAGCAACAACAACAACAACAACAGCAACAACAACAACAACAACCACAGGGAGAACGACAUGGACAAAGGCGACAACUGGCCGCAAAGAAUGUCAACGCAUGAAAUUAAUAGCAACGAUCAAUCAGUCAAGUCAUCAAUGUCAGCUGAGGAUGCAACAAAUGCAGCUGAGGGAUUGUCAGUGCCAUUGGCUCGAAUGCAACUGCAAUUGCCCGCUAAUAGAUUACACUCGACAAGAUCAAUGCCAGCCCAUUUACUACAGUCUCUCCAACGCCUGCGCCAACUGCAGGUGAAAACAUCCUUUCCAGCUGAAAGACUGCAGCGAUUUCUUGCCGAUGACCGCCAGACACAAUUAACGCGGGGGCCCAAUGUGAGUCCCGGCCAUGGCUCAGACCCUGGCCAUGACAUUGACAUUGAUUAUGGGCAAUUGGACAUGUAAAUGCGCCAAUCACAGUCACAGUCACAGUCACAAUCACAAUCACAACAAUGGCCAAGGCGAUCAGCGAUCAGCGAUCGGCGUUUUCGUUUGGGGCAACAACUUCCUUCGGGCACUGUGAGUGUCGUUUUCUCUUUUUUUUUUUUAAAUGCACACAACGUUUCAUGCAGCAAUAUAAAAUGUAUAACAAAAUAAAAUAAAUGCAAUUGAUUUUGAAGAAAUCGACA